AGAGACAGUAACGGUAAAGAAAGCUCCCAACGGUCAUAUUAUAAUUCAAAUUUGAACCAAAACGCAUAAACCCCAUACACCAGAACGUUUGCUCUCUUUCUCCAUUCUUCCAAACCCAAACAUAUUCUUUUAGCUAGAACCAAAAAGAUAAUAAUAGAAAAGCUUUUUCUUUUACUGUGUCUAUAGAACGACUCUAAAAAGCAUUGAUCUUUAUGGAGGAUAUGCAAUUGGACAAUUUCUACCAAAACCAAGAAACCCAUCUUCCAAAUUCUUCUAUUUCUAGGGUUUUUGAGUGGGAGAAAGAUGUGAAAUUCGAUCAAGAAUUCAAAGAUUCUGCAGUACUUGAAGAUUGGGAUUCUUUGGUUGAUUCUAUGCUUUGUGACUCCAAUUCAAGACUAAUCCCGUCUGGGUUUUCGAGAUCCAGUUGCACAGAUGAACUUGUGAUGUUUAUAAACGCCGGAAGCGAAGCAACAAUUGAAGCAGAUUUGGAGGUCAAAUUUUUGGGUGACACUAAUUUUGAAGGAGGAAAUGUUUUACGAACCGAUGAGCUAAUAAAUGAAGCUGGAGAUUACCAAUUCAUCUAUCAGUCUGCACGAUUUGGAAGCUUUUCUUAUCGAUUUGAUAAUCUUCCUCCUGGAAGCUACUUUGUUGAUCUUCAUUUUGUAGAGAUUAUAAACACAAAUGGUCCUAGAGGACUAAGGGUAUUUGAUGUAUUCAUUCAAGAAGAGAAGGUCUUAUCUGAAUUCGAUAUCUUUUCUGUCGUUGGCGCAAACAAGCCAUUGCAAUUGGUAGAUUCAAGGGUCUCAGUGAAGGAGGAUGGAGUAAUUUUAAUAAGAUUUGAAGGGAUUAUUGGAAGUCCAGUUGUCAGUGGACUUUGCAUAAGAAAAGCACCAGAAGUGUCAGUUCCUUGCCAGACCCAAGAUUAUCUAAAAUGCAACAAUUGUGCUACGGAGAUAGAAAUUUCUUCAGAUCAGAAGAAAAUCUUGCGAGCAAGAGCAACAGAUAAAUAUGAAAAAAGGAUACAAGAACUCAUCACUGAGUGCCAGCAUAAGUCAAAUGAAUGCCAUGAGGCUUGGAUGUCGCUGACUGCAGCAAAUGAACAGCUGGAGAAGGUUAGAAUGGAACUUGACAACAAGACCUUUCAGUCACGCUCUUUAGAUCAAACUGUGGGGAAACAAGCUGAGAAUCUCAGGAAUAUUACCAACAUGUAUGAACGUGAUAAGCAAUACUGGGCAGCAGCAGUUGAGAAUUUACAAAACAAAGUCAAGAUGAUGAAAGAAGAGCAUUCUCGGCUCUCCUAUGAGGCACAUGAAUGUGCUGAUUCAAUACCCGAGUUGAGUAAGAUGGUCACAGCAGUUCAGGCAUUGGUUGCACAAUGUGAGGAUCUUAAGGCAAAGUAUAGUGAAGAGCAAGCCAAGAGAAAGGAACUGUAUAACCAAAUUCAAGAGGCUAAAGGAAAUAUCAGAGUUUUCUGCCGAUGCCGCCCAUUGAGCAAGGCGGAGUCAUCAGCUGGAUGUACAACAGUUGUUGAUUUUGAUGCAGCAAAGGACGGAGAUCUUGGUAUAAUAACAGGUGGCUCGACCAGAAAGACUUUCAAAUUUGACCGGGUAUUCACGCCAAGAGAUAAUCAAGUUGAUGUGUUUGCGGAUGCCUCUCCGUUGGUGCUCUCAGUGCUAGAUGGGUACAAUGUUUGUAUAUUUGCAUAUGGUCAAACGGGGACAGGAAAGACAUUUACAAUGGAGGGCACUGAGCAGAGCAGGGGAGUCAAUUAUAGGACACUUGAGCAAUUAUUUAAAAUUGCUAAAGAAAGGAGUGAAACUUUUACAUACAGCAUAUCUGUUAGUGUGCUUGAAGUCUAUAAUGAGCAAAUCAGAGACUUGUUGGCUACAUCUCCAACAUCAAAGAAGCUGGAAAUAAAACAAUCUUCUGAAGGGUCCCAUCAUGUUCCGGGGAUUGUAGAAGCUAAAGUUGAUAACUUAAAGGAAGUCUGGAAUGUCCUGCAGGCUGGAAGUAAUGCUAGAGCUGUUGGAUCCAAUAAUGUCAAUGAACACAGCAGCCGAUCUCACUGUAUGCUAUGUGUAAUGGUAAAAGCAAAGAACUUGAUGAAUGGUGAAUGCACCAAGAGCAAGCUUUGGCUUGUGGAUCUGGCAGGGAGUGAGAGGCUGGCCAAAACUGAUGUGCAGGGGGAACGACUAAAGGAAGCUCAAAAUAUCAACAGAUCCCUUUCUGCUCUUGGGGAUGUUAUAUAUGCUUUAGCAACUAAAAGCAGCCACAUUCCAUACAGGAAUUCCAAGUUGACGCAUUUACUUCAAGAUUCAUUGGGAGGUGACUCCAAAACUUUGAUGUUUGUGCAAAUUAGCCCUACAGAACAGGACGUGAGUGAGACUCUGAGUUCACUAAAUUUUGCAACUCGAGUCCGAGGGAUUGAGUUUGGCCCUGCAAAAAGGCAAAUUGAUACAAGUGAGCUUCAAAAGAUGAAACUGUUGCUUGAUAAAGCAAGGCAGGAAUGUAAAUCUAAAGAGGAAUCACUGAGGAAGUUAGAAGAGAACCUACAGAACCUGGAAAACAAGGCCAGAGGCAAAGACCAGGUUUACAAAAACCAGCAAGAGAAGAUUAAAGAACUUGAAGGCCAGCUUGAGUUUAAGAGUACCUUGCAUAGCCAGUUGGGGAAGCAAAUCUCACAAUUAUCAGAUAGAUUGAAAGGAAAGGAAGAUAUCUGUAAUGGUCUCCUACAAAAGGUCAAGGAACUAGAUAACAAGCUCAGAGAGCGACAGCAAUCAGAUUCUACAGCUUUUCAACAGAAGGUUAAGGAACUUGAGAACAAGCUGAAGGAACAAGUGCAAGAGUCGGAGUCUUAUUCCUUCGCCCUUCAACACAAGAUUAAAGAACUCGAGAGAAAACUAAAGGAGCAGGAAAAUAACUCCGAGACUUUGUUACUUCAUCAAAAGCAGAUUAAGGAUCUUGAAGACAAGCUGAAUGAGCAAGAGAAACAAUUGCAGUGCAAGCAAUUACUUGAUCCUCAUGAUUUUCCUGGCAGUGUAAGGGCUACACCUACUGAACAAAAAACUUGCGUUAGAGAUGAUGGAUUCUUGAGCGACAUCGAGUCUCAUGUCCUAAGGAAUUCAAACUCAAUGAAGCGCCCAUUCAGUCAGGGUUCUACAUUGAUGAAAGAAAAUAAUAAUAACAAUAAUAAUACCCUUCAUGAUCAGACGCGAAAGAAAAGGCAAUCAGGAGAAACAGAGAACAACUUUAUGCAGGCUUCCUUCCAUGACAACAGAGUUAGGAAAUCCGACCCUCCAAAAAUAGGUAGAGUUAUGACCAGUAGAGCAGCAAGGCCAGCCUCAGUUGCUCAAGGACCCUUGACUCACAAGAGAGUUAUCAGAGAUCAGGGACAAGGAGGGUUCAGGGAGAGGGAUGCUAAGAAAAAGAUUUGGUGCUGAAUACUAUUACACAAUCAAUACCAGUCCAUUUCCUUUUCUUUUCGUUUCUUUUUAUUUCUUUUUCAUUAUUAUGUAUUUUACCUCAGAAGUAUAUAGUUCCUUGUGUGCUGCUUAUAGUGUGCAUGAAAUGAAAACUACAUUAUAUGUCCAUAAAAAUGAAAUUUAGUAAUUGCUUUA